AUGAACGCUCUAAAGAUCGAUGUGUGCCAGAUGAAACUAAAAGGAAUCGGUGAGGGUGUGAUCGUGUCAUGUCUGGGCUGUAUCCGAGCGGUUACUUUCACUGCAGGUUUUGCAGUCGCUUAUCUAACCCCUCCAUUUAAUAACAAACGUUUCUUGACGGUUGUAGAACUCGAAGCUCGUGGCAAGGAUGUCUCCCGUUUUGUCUUGAGACUUUUUGGUGUCCCAUUAAGUGCAUAA